AUGGAUCGGUUUGUUGUAAGAGAACCAAGAGUAGGAGCUGAAUAUCCCCACAAUCCUCAAGGAAAUCAGCCUAUGUCAUUUAGAUCUAAUGCUCCUAGAAACAAUAAUGACAUGACUCUUGACAACGUGUAUUAUGGAGGAUAUGGCGCUGAAUCGCCCUUCUUCGCUGAUGGUUUUGGAGUACAGCAUCGCGUGAGCAACGCACCUACUUAUUCACCAAUAAAUCGUCAUCAUCCGAGUCAGGCCCAGAUUUUCUCCGGAAUUGAUCCGCGUUAUCUGGCCACUUACACCGACAGCAACGCUGCAUAUAUCGUGACUGGUCUACAGAUGGAAGAAGAUAGGUCCCGUUUGCCGAUGAGCUUUGGCUACGAGAACCGUACCAUCGUAGCACCAGACCGUGGCAAGACAAAUACAAUUAUACACGAAGCUCCGAAAGAUAACACGCUGGUAACGAAUACCAUGAUGCAGCCAAACUUCUCUGAAAAAUCCAGUAUAUUUAAAAGCAAAACAGACAUGAGUAACCGCCAGUUCAAAGAGAACUCCGGCCAACUAUAUCAACAAAAGCAAGGCAAUGUGACUGGAGUUGUUUCAGCACCUUCACCAAAAAUUUCUGUGGAUAACCCUCCUAAAGAAGAAAACUAUGUGAUUCCCAUGACAAGAGCUGAAAGACUUAAAGUAUUGCACAAAUCUGGACCUAGAGCAUUUUCGGGACCAGUAGAAAAGGUUCUAAAAUGGCACAAGGCUCUGCAGGAGAUUGGUGUCUUGAUCAUCUACGAGAUUGUAGCGAAAUGUGUGAGUGUCAGACCGGGAGAUUCAUGUUCUAAGAAUUUGGUGGUGAGGGAUGACAAUGGUCCCGCUAUGCAAGUGGUUUAUUAUGAAAUUGACUUUCUUUUGCCAGAACUAAAGCCACCGUGCACUGUAAGAAUAGUUGGAAGAAUGAUGGCGGGCACUUGUCGCCUACAAGCAUUCAAUGUGCGUGCGGCGACGGGCGACGACGUGGCGACGUUGCCGCGCCGCACUGCCGUUGCGGCUCAUCACGUCGCCAAGAUGUGCAAGGAGUACGGGACGAACGUGGCUCAUUAA